AGUAUUAUUUUAUAUAUAUUAUUAUGUGUUCUUUUGCAGAAGCACUUAGACUAUGGUGUUUAAACACAAACACAAAACUCUCUGCAACCAAAAAUAGUGUUUUGGUACUUUUAUUAAGAAUGCUUUAAUCAAUAGUGAAAGAGUUUAUAUAUUUUAUUUUUUCACAAUUAUCAUCAGUAGUACACUAUGCAGACUUUUCUUUUAUUUCCUAUCACCCCCUUGCUUAUAUUAAGAACUUUUUUGUAGAUUCUGCAGCAAUUUCUGGAGGAAGCAUGGCUGUUUUAGUUGCUUUUUUUACUGCAUUGUUUUUUUUUUGCCUAAAAAAUGUUUUAUUGCCAUUACAAAUAGCUUAUUCUCUAACCGCACUAUACAAUAUUUUUUUACUAUACAAUGUUAUUUCGGUCAAUACAUUCCAUUUUUGGUCAUUUAGUCAUUUUCUAGCCAUUUUUUGCAUUUUCAAUUCUGCAUAGGUAUAUCUUUUUCUUGUGUUUGGACAUGUUGUUCCAUAUAAUGGUUUUCUAUAUAACUUCUCUUUUAUACUGUAUGAGUUGUCAGAAUAUGGUUGCCUGAUAAAGCUAUAACAGGGAAAAAUGCAGCAACGAUAUUUAUAUAUUUGGACCAAUACAUUGAAAAUAUUAAGUUGUAUUUAUGGGGCUCUCAGUGGAACGCACAUACUAGUGUGGAACACAGCGCCAUCUUGAAAGGUCUUGGAGGCGUGAGAAGGACAGCAUGAAGGAGCGAGGAACCAAGUGUGGGAGAAGGAAGGAAAGCACGGAAUUGAGCGGUUUGGAUCAAGAGUCAGAAUAACACCUAUUUGGUAGAACAUUUAACUCCUGGCACUACCUACUGUGUAACUGCUAAAUUGAUUUUCCCUCUAUCCCGACCUAAAAGUGAGACUGCAGUAUUAUGUACUACCACUCUCAAAGAUUACUCUUCAGAAGAAGCAAUGAAAAUUAUAUGCGCCUAUAUUUUGCCUGUCCUGAUGACUUCUUUUAUACUGUUCAUCACUGUAUAUGCUGUUCAUAAAUAUAUUCAUGUUAGCCGACUUACUCAACCACAUAUCCUGAGAUUAGAUCCAAGAAACAUUGCAACUGUAGAAGUAUAUGCUGUUGCUAUUAACCACCUCAUCACUGAACAUGAUACAUAUAAGUUAAAAAAUCAAGAUCCGAAUUUGUGUCGAGACGAGAAGAUAAAAUGUCAUCUUGACAAGAAAGCUAGCUGUGGGGCUAAAAUUAUGGAAACAAAAAAUAACUGUAGCACUACAGUGGUGGAAGAAGAAAAUUUUGGUUAUGUGACUCUUCAGCAGGAAGCUCCAGUUGAACAGCCUAGUCUUUCCCAAUAUGACAUGACACAAACUAAUGAACAUGUUGUUUCAGAACCUGACAUUCCACUGGUUAAACAUAAUAUUUUUUGUCCAUAUGACAUGCCGCAUCACCUAGUUUGUUUACAGUCAUCAACCCAGUCUAAAUCACCUGUGUACCUGGAGACUAUGAAAAAAGUUCCUUAUGCCCAUGUUGAUGCUAGUUCUAGUCUUUCCCCUAAGAGGGAAGAUAAUACAUUAAAUAUUACUAAGAAUAUAUAUGAGCCUCAAUUGCCCAUGGUAAAUUUACCACUAAAAUGUUAUGAUGACAAGUUGCUUAUAUCAAAUAGUGAAACCUCCAAACAGUGUAUGAUUACAUUUGAAAAUUGUUUUAAUGAAGAUUUUGAAUGCCACAACUUAAACAGCAAUGAUCUUUGUGAGUCAAAUUAUUUAUUUGUUCACUGGAAUCCUUUAACUCAUCAGCUACAUAUACCUAACUUUCAAUGCGAGGAAGUAAGGGAGCAGUUUGCCUUGAAUAACCAAGAUGUAACAAAUGAGCUACUGUCAAAAUUAACCUCUCCUAUUGAAUCAGAGGAUCCAGAAGAGGAUGAUUUACUUUUGAGGUUUCAGGAACGGUGGGGAUUGAAUAUACCAAUAAACCAAUAGACAACAACAGCUUGCUUUCAGUAUCUUCUAUUCUAGGGAUGCACCGAAUCCACUAUUUUUGGGUUCGGCCAAACCCUGACUCCUUCAUGAAAGAUUUGGCCAAAUACCAAACUGAAUUCUAAGUUGCAUAUGCAAAUUAGGAAAUGGAAAGGUUAAGUAGAAGCAUGCAUUUUACACGCGAUUUUUUUUACUUCUGUGUUCAUGUAACCAAAAGUCACUUGACACUUGCAUUCGGCCACACCUUCACCGAAUCCCGCUGAAUUAGCCUCUGAAAACCAGUUUAAAAAUUACAUUUGAAACAUAGCAAUGAAUCUUUAAAACUUUAUUUUUAAAAUGAUUGAAUAAAACAACUAUAGUUUAUUGCAUAAACACAAAAUAAAUGCAAAAGUCAGGUUGGCAAAACAGUCAGGUUUAGGAACUUCAAGUAACAAUUACUCACAAAAGCAGCCCUAUCAACAUGACCUAUAGGUAACUUUUAAUGUAUGUUCAUAUUUUGAAGAGUCAUGUUUUAGUGUCAGCAUCACUUUGAUUCGUCAUUGUUCUUUUCCCCACUCUUGGCUACCAUAAUGUCCACUUCUCCUUUCUUUCCCAUCUUUACCUCAGUGAGGGCAUGAUGAGCUAUGCUGCCUAUUUCUGACUGGUUUUGCAAUUUAUCUGCCCACUAAAUACUGUAUUUCAAUUUCAAAUCUGUAUGUUCAAUAAAGAAUGCUUUGUGUACUUCGCAAUUUAUGUUA